AAACUCUGCAGACCAGCGCACCUCCAUGUGAUUUCUGAUCCAAAUCCUCUGCUCACCUUGAACCAAAAAGUACACUUUACAGCCAUUCUCAUGUCAAAUACUACUUGUUACGACGUCACUUUGAUGAAAUGUUUUAUUAAUUGUGCUCACAUGGCAAGACAGGAGGAGGAGAUCUUAAUCAAAUGUGGUCACAUAGGAUUCUUUUGUAAUUGUUUGUUUCCAAUGGGCUGUUGCGUUCCACCCAGAAAUCAACAUGUUAAACAUGGGACAUGACUGAAUCAAAAAGUACACUUUACAGCCAUUCUCAUGUCAAAUGCCUACUUGUUACGACGUCACUCACUUUUGAUGAAAUGUUUUAUUAAUUGUGCUCACAUGGCAAGACAGAAGGAGGAGAGACUCUUCUUUAUCAAAUGUGUUCACAUAGGAUUCUUUUGUAAUUGUUUGUUUCCAAUAGGUUGUUGCGUUCCACCCAGAAACCAACAUGUUAAACAUGGGACAUGACUGAAUCAGAUCCUUGUAACAACUCUGUCAUGUUUUCACCUAUAGUGAAUUAAUAUUGUGUUAAAAAAAUAUUGGGACAUGAAUCACAUGAUCUUAUUUAGUUAACUAAAAUAUAAUAAAUACAGUGAUUAACUUGAGACUUGUGGAAGAGUGUAGACUAAAUCUCCAAGAGAAAAUGCAUUUCACUGAUGAACCUAUUUAUAGGUAUUCAAAUGAAGCCAAAGUAUGAUCUAACCGCAUGGUGCAAGGAAUCAAAACAAGAGUUGAGUUUUCAUUAUUUAGAAGUCUAACACUCAGAUAAUUCUCUCUCCCUCUCUCUUUCUUGGGAACUCCCCUAGAUAUGUCGGAAAAUCACGCACUCUGGCGAGCUCAUGUUUUAGCUAAUCACAUACUCCAGUCACCUCCUCCACCUUUGAACAUCUUCCUCACGCGGGAGGUAUGCUUGCAGUACACUCCACCGGAGGUCAACGAGAGCUAUGGAUUCGAUGUGAAGGAGAUGAGGAAGCUGCUCGACAGACACAACUUGGAGGACCGAGACUGGCUUUACGGGAUCAUCAUACAGAGCAAUCUGUUCAACAGGAAGAUAAGAGGAGGAGGCAAGGUGUUCGUGUCUCCAGAUUACAAUGAGACGAUGGAGCAGCAGCGCGAGAUCAGUAUGAAGCGGAUCAUGUACUUGCUGGAGAAAGGUGUAUUUCAAGGAUGGUUAACGGAGACAAGUCCUGAGGCUGAGCUGAAGAAGUUUGCUCUCUACGAGGUUUGCGGGAUGUAUGAUUACUCCCUCUCCGCCAAACUCGGUGUUCAGUUCUUGUUGUGGGGUAAUGCUGUUAAGUUAUUUGGUACAAAGCGCCACCAUGACAAGUGGCUGAAAGACACUGAAGAUUAUCUUGUCAAGGGCUGCUUUGCAAUGACUGAGUUGGGCCAUGGAAGUAAUGUGAGGGGGAUUGAAACAGUGACUACUUAUGAUCCAAUGACAGAGGAGUUUGUAAUAAACACUCCUUGUGAAUCUGCUCAAAAGUAUUGGAUUGGUGAGGCAGCUAACCAUGCAACCCAUGCAAUUGUGAUUUCACAGCUUGAAAUAAACGGAACCAACCAGGGAAUUCAUGUCUUCAUCGCUCAAAUCAGAGAUCAAGAUGGCAACAUAUGUCCAAACAUCCGCAUUGCUGACUGUGGCCACAAGAUUGGUAUAAAUGGUGUUGACAUUGGCCGUAUAUGGUUUGACAAUCUUCGAAUCCCAAGAGAAAAUUUACUGAACUCAGUUGCUCAUGUUUCAUCUGAUGGAAAUUACGUUAGCGCUAUUAAAAAUCCUGAUCAGAGAUUUGGAGCUUUCUUGGCCCCUUUGACCUCUGGUCGUGUCACCAUUGCUGCAACCGCCAUUUACUCUGCAAAGAUCGGAUUAGCUGUUGCUAUAAGGUACUCACUAACGAGAAGAGCCUUCUCUGAUGUAGCCAAUGGCCCUGAAGUACUCCUUCUUGAUUAUCCAAGCCACCAAAGACGACUUUUACCACUCCUAGCCAAGACAUAUGCUAUGAGCUUUGCUGCAAAUGACUUGAAGAUGAUUUACGUGAAGAGGACACCUGAGAUCAACAAAGAGAUUCAUGUUAUCUCAAGUGGACUCAAAGCUGUUCUCACCUGGCACAAUAUGCGAACGCUUCAGGAAUGUCGUGAAGCUUGUGGAGGGCAAGGUGUGAAAACAGAGAAUCGGGUUGGUCAUUUAAAAGGCGACUAUGAUGGGCAGACUACAUUUGAGGGUGACAAUAAUGUUCUGAUGCAGCAGGUGAGCAAGGCACUUUUUGCUGAGUAUAUAUCAUGUAAGAAGAGAAAUAAACCUUUCAAAGGAUUGGGAUUGGAGCACAUGAACAGUCCUCGUCCCGUGUUGCCUACUCAACUCACAUCUUCUGCCCUCAGAUGCAGCCACUUCCAGAAAAAUGCAUUCUCCAUAAGAGAGCGAGAUCUUCUAGAACGAUAUACUUCUGAAGUUGAAGAGAUUCAAGGGAAAGGAGAAAGCAGAGAGUUCUCCUUCCUCUUGAGUCAUCAACUUUAUGAAGAUCUAAGUAAAGCUUUCGCAGAGAAAGCAAUCUUACAAGCCGUUUUGGAUGCUGAAGCCAAACUACCAAUUGGUUCCACUAAGGAUGUGUUGGGUAUUGUAAGAUCAAUGUACGCAUUGAUCUGCAUGGAAGAAGAUCCAUCGUUCUUGAGAUAUGGCUACCUCUCCAGGGACAAUGUUGGAGAUGUGAGGAGAGAAGUUUCUAAGCUCUGCGGAGAGCUUAGACCUCACGCGCUUGCACUGGUUACUUCAUUCGGGAUACCAGACGCGUUCUUGGGUCCGAUUGCAUUCAACUGGGUCGAAGCCAACGCUUGGUCUUCAGUUUAGUUACUACAAAUAAACUCUUCCAAUAAUCCACAUCUCUCAUGUGUUCUUCAAUAUUUUCUGAAGCUUUUGUUGAAUGCUCUUGGUAAUAAAAGGGGGUAUGUAAUAUGUAUCCACGGGUUAAUCUUUACCCAAACUGGUCCAAAUCAUAAUGUGGAAUAAGUUUUAUUUCUCUAUGAUUACUACAAAUUUGAAAAAUGUACAUGUCUCCAUAUAUAAAUGAAGUUUUUGGACUUUUAUUUUAUAUUUUCUCAAAAUGACUUGCUCUUAGAUUGAUGAUCAUUCAUAUAUAGAGACUAGUAAACUAUUCAUUUUAAACAGACUAUUAAACUAUUCAUUUUGAUGCAGAUAAAUAUUUGAGAUAUUUUCAAAUAUUUAUUAUUUAUUUUAUUUGUUAUUUCGAUAAUUAUCUUUCUUGUUUUAGGGUUUUCGGUAUUAUUAUAUAUAGCCGUUUAGGUUUAAGUUUGUAUGUAGUUUAUGAUUUGAUUAAUAAAAUUGAGAGUUCUCUC